GUGGCUAUGGCUUCGAAAGCUGUGGAUUCAUACGUCUCAUGAAUCGAAGCUUGUGUGUUUUGUUUUUAUCGAUUUGAUUAGAAGCUGAGGAGAGGUCACGUGAAUUUCAACUCAAGGCUCGAUGGCAUUGUGGAGUUCCGGGUUGUGAUGUUCUGGAAUGCCUGUGGCUUGCAGAGGGGUGAAAGUGGAAAAAAUAAAGGAUCAUAAUGUUGAUUCAGCAUGUGCCGUUGCUGAGUACUAAGCGGAUUGUGUUGGCGUCCGCCUCACCUCGAAGGGCAGAGCUGUUGCGUGGGCUGGGUCUGAAGAUUGAGAUUUUCCCGUCUACGUUUGAGGAAGAUCUUGAUAAAUCGUUGUUUGCGAAUCCAGGAGAGUAUGCUAAGGAAACAGCUACUCGUAAAGCACAUGAUGUUUAUCAAAAAAUCCAGGAGGCUGGUUCUGGCAAACGAGCAGAUUUGAUCAUUGCAGCGGAUACUGUUGUUGAGCUUGGUUCACAAGUACUGGAGAAACCACGUGAUGUGGACGAUGCCCGCCGAAUGCUGUCAAGUCUAAGUGGGCAGGUGCACAAAGUCUAUACAGGAGUUGCUCUAGUGACCCCUAAGUCUUCUGGAUCAAAUUCGGGAAGUUCGCCUCUUCUAACAUCAUUUUAUGAAGGCACUGAGGUAGAGUUUGCCGAAUUAGAGGAGCAAUCGAUUCUUGCCUAUAUUGCAUCCGAGGAGCCAAUGGAUAAGGCUGGAGCAUAUGGUAUACAAGGAUUAGGAGGGUCUUUUGUAAAAUGCAUUCAUGGUUGCUACUUCAACAUUAUGGGGUUCCCUAUCCAUAGGUUCUCUGUGGAAGUGGAUCGGUUGGUAAAGAGUGGCGCCAUUACAGCCUAGAAGAAUUUUUUAUUGGUAACGCUAGCGUUCGCUUAUUCAAUUGUUUCAAGCCUGGAAAACAUGAGUUGGUAGUUUACCUUCGUACUAGGUAAUUGAUAAGCUUAGUGAGUUGUGGUCUAUUCUCAGUUAAAGAGAUAAUUUUGGUUUAGUACGCCAUUGAAAUUUUAUUUGAUCAUGUCAUUUUCUUUCUGCUUGUUAAGCCAAUUAGGAGCUUAAGAAGUCUUGAUACUAUUUAUUUAUUUUUUAUUUUUUUCUU